AUGAGUGCGAUCAAUGGGAGCAGCUCUGCCCCUCUCGAGGACCAGGCGGAGGGGAACACAUGUCAUCUGAUUGAGCCUCGACUCCCGCAGAAUAGGGAUGAAAAUAAACCGUCGUUGAACAGCCUGGAGAUGGAGCUGAUCCUGAUCAUUUUCAAAAUCGUCCACCGCGAGAGUCCGGCAUCACUCAAGAGCUUGGCGCUGGUCAGCUCGCACUACCACCACGCAGCACGCUACUGCCAGAAUCAGAAGAUUUACCUUCACAUUUCAGGGGAGAAGAAGGAUGUCCUCCAAAGGCGUCUGGCCUACAUAGAGCAGGGCGGUUUUCUGCCCGCCAUCCGGCGCAUCAAGGUCCGCGGCGUCGAGGACGACCUUGAAAAUAUCGAGGCCGUGGCGCAGUUCUUGCAGAAGGCCACUGGGUUGAGGGAUCUGGACUGGGCGAACAAAGGAGCACCCGAUUCCUCAGUCGGUGUACCUGAGCAGGUCCUCAUUGCUCUCCAGUCCAAAAGCACCGUACGCCUCCACACUGAUGCCGUUCUGAACUACUACCGUCUGCCAACUACCGAGCCUCCUCCCCCAUACACGGCGCCGCUUGCAAGAGGAAGUGAGAACUUGCAUUCGCUGAGAAUGCGCUUCACCUACGUAAGUGUGGAGCGCUGUCUUGAGAUGGUCCAGAGUGUGAGGGACAUACUCUUGUCAAGCCCCAACAUCCGGAAGCUCACCGUUGACUAUGGUCGACCAGACGGAGGGUGUGUCCGUUACGGGCCACCGAAAGAAUAUACCGGGUUCGGAUUUGUUGAUGGGCAACGUCCCUCAGCGCUCGAAGAGCUUAAGUUGGGCAAGUACAUCUUUGGGUCCGUUACAUCAGAACUCGGAGAUGUGUUUCCCCCAACGAAUGUUGGCUACCCAGGGAAAGGUGAGGAGGAAGACUACUGGGUCGAGACGUUCGACUGGUCUCGGCUACGGAAGCUGGAGACUGGGAACCAGGCCUUUGCGCUUCGGGUGGCGCCAAAGCUGUCCGCGCUCGAGGAGGCAUCACUGGGCGUGGUCAGCGACCCGAAAAUCAUACGAGAGUUCUAUGACACGGUCCCCAAUCCCCUGCGCUCUAUCGAAAUCCACCAGUUUGAUGCUCUGGGCGUUGACGGCAUCAUCAGACACGCGUCUAAGCUCAAAAGCCUGGGUAUUCAUCAAAGACAGUCACGCGAUUGGUCAGAACAUACGAUCGACGCGCCAUCUCUACUUGAAAUCCAGAAGGCAUGCCCUCUCAUUGAAGCGUUAGAUCUCGACAUCAAGAGGGAGGGCGACUGGCCCUACGAAAUCCUGGACAUCCUGGCAGGUUUCAAGAGCCUUCGACGCUUGACUAUGUGGUUUGAGCUGGGUUGGGUAGGCCACGAGCCGUUCGAUGUCGUCCAGCCUGUUGUCAAUUACUCUGCUGUUGAGACGCUCUUUACCUAUAUUAACUCCAAACGCCCACCGAACUCCAAGCCACUGAAGGAGAUGAAGGUAUACUGCGGUUGUCUGCGGCCCAUUAGGGGAUAUCCCUCACAAGAAGGACUUUGGCCGCGCAACAAUACAUCCAGCUAUAUCUGCCGGCUCUCUGAGCGAGAUGACGAAGCACCGAAUGGCGUGUUCAAUAUACACUGUCCUAUGUUGACCGAUGAUGAGAAUACACUACUUCAAAAGAUGAGGACUGAGAACCUGGACGUGCCUAAAAAACAGAGCAGGGUUCUGACAGUGGCGUUAAAUGGGCCGAUUCCGUAUACUGGCAGGAGAAGGUCUUGA